CACCGCAAAACUUGAACUUAUGAAAUAACCAUAACCAUGGACUAUAUUUUCCUAUCUAUUAUUUUCACAAUCUGUCUCUUUACUAUCAUCACCUUCUUUCUCUUCCGCUCCACCACUCGCCGGAUAACCCGACUACCACCCGGAAACGUUGGGUUACCAUUUAUAGGAGAAACACUCCAACUCAUAUCCGCAUACAAGACCCAAAACCCGGAACCAUUUAUUGAUUCACGGGUUAAAAAAUAUGGGACGGUUUUUACUACACAUGUGUUUGGAGAACGAACCAUAUUUUCUGCUGACCCGGAAAUAAACCGGUUCAUUUUGCAAAAUGAAGGAAGGUUGUUUGAGUCAAGCUAUCCCGGUUCGAUAUCAAACUUGGUUGGGAGACAUUCUUUGUUGUUAAUGAGAGGAUGUCUUCAUAGAAGAAUGCAUUCAUUAAUUAUGAGUUUUGCUAAUGCAACAAUUAUUAAAGACCAUUUGUUGGUUGAUAUAGACCGGUUGGUUCGGCUUAACUUGGAUUCUUGGACCGGUUGUGUUUUACUCAUGGAGGAAGCCAAGAAGAUAACGUUCGAAUUAACAUUGAAGCAACUAUUGAGUAUCGACCCCUGUGAAUGGACGGAGAAUUUAAGGAAGAUAUACAUGCGAGUCAUUGAAGGAUUCUUUUGCAUUCCUUCUCCGAUUUUCUCCAUCACUUAUCGCCGCGCUAUUCAGGCAAGAAAAAGGGUAGCCGAGGAGUUUAGUUUGGUUGUGAGGGAGAGGCGAAGAGAACGGGAAAGAAGAAUGAAAAAGAAUGACAUGUUAGCUGCAUUGUUCGAUAGUGAUGGUGAUGGUGUUGGCUUUUCGGAUGAUGAAAUCGUUGAUUUCUUGGUGUCUUUACUAGUUGCUGGCUACGACACCACAUCAACCACCAUGACUCUUGCCGUUAAGUUUCUCACCGACACGCCCCUGGCUCUUGCUCAACUAAAGAAAGAACACGAGGAAAUCAGGGCAAAAAAGGGUGAAUCGGUGUCUCUCGAAUGGGAAGACUACAAAUCCAUGCCAUUUACACAAUGUGUCAUUAACGAAACGUUGAGAGUCUCCAACAUAAUUAGUGGUGUAUUCAGGAGGACGAUGACAGAUGUUGACAUUAAAGGUUAUAGAUUACCGAAAGGAUCAAAAGUGUUCACGUCGCUCCGAGCUGUGCAUCUUGGUCAAGAUUAUUUCAAAAAUGCACGCAUUUUUGAUCCAUGGAGAUGGCAGAAACCUUUGGAUCCAACACACUUCAUGCCAUUUGGAGGAGGGCCAAGGAGAUGCCCUGGGUAUGAGCUAGCUAGAGUUGCACUUUCUGUUUUUCUUCAUCAUCUCGUUACUCGCUUUAGUUGGGAGCCUGCUGAAGAAGAUAAAUUGGUGUUUUUCCCCACAACAAGGACUCAAAAGCGAUAUCCUAUAUUCGUCGAACGUCGUAGUAAAGUAGUUUAAGUAUUGUGAAGCCUAGAGAAGGAAAAGCUCGAUUAGAGUAUAGUUUUGAGCUUCUAAUGGCAAUGAUAUUGAAAAACUGUAUGUAUAAGUUUAGAAUGUUAUACACUCAUGGAUCGUGUUGUAUUUAUUAUUUAUUCAUAUUUAUAUGAAAAUAAGGUUUAAAGGAGUAAAAA